AUGAGGUCCAUCUUCAGCGGAAUCACGAAGCUUGUGUCAAGCCAGUCGCCGGAGCCCGAUACGCCUCUGCCAGAACAGUCUUCUCCGACGACACAGCCAUCUCCGACUGACGAAGAACGGGUCCCCAGCCCCCAGAAUUCUGAGGCGACGGAACCCAACAAUCAGUUGGUUCCGUAUUCGGCCAUUCUUCUUGAAUCCGAGAACCAAGAGAUCGAGUCGCUCCCGAUUCCCAAAUCUCCAAUGGCUGUUGAUGGAGACUGCGACUCUUCAGCUAACCCCCAAAGAUCUCAGCCGACUGAACCUUGCAAUCCGAUCCCCGAUCUGCUGAUUGAAGAAAUCUCCGAUGGUUCCGAGUCGGUUCAAGUGACCGGAACUACAGGGCCAUCGGUCUCGUCUCGGGUACUGAAGCGCGCGCAGACGAGUACGAUGCCAUCUGAGCAGAAGAAGCGACGUUUAUCCGCACGAGGAAAAGGACCAGUUGUGAAAGACGAACAUUCGGUGGAAUUCGAUCAAACUCGGUUCGGGUCUGUCAUUGCAUUUCAGAGGGAACUGAUAAAUGCUGCGGGUCUGCUUAGAACUGUAUCUGAGAGUAAGCCCUUUGAUCCCCAAGUUGUGUAUGAGUUUUGGGCGAAUUUGCCAACUGUUGAGCCAGAGACAGACUCCGCAGAUGUGCUGGUCCGGAAUUGGGUGUAUGAGUUUAGUCCUGACAGGAUUAAUGCGUUGUUUGGACUUCCGGCUGUGGAUGAGCGCACAGAACAACGGCAUAUGGCUGAAGUGAUUACCUCAGACAUAGCUCUCUUUGUGUCUGGAGGUAAAGCCAAGGUCUUCAAGCAGUUCCAAUUGUCUAAGGUUGAGGACAACAACACUAAAGAUCUUCUCAAGAUCUGUUGUACCAACUGGCUGCCUACAACCAAUGAUGGGUAUGUCACUCCUGACAGAGCCAAAUUGGUCUACAAGGUGAUGCAUCAGAAGCCGUUUGAUUUUGGGAGGAUGGUCUUUAAGCUGAUCAUCAACAUGGGUCUGACCCCUGUCUCAAAGUUGUGCCUGCCGUUUCCCAGUUUGAUUUAUCAGCUGAUCCAGUCACAACACCCUGUGCAUCCGGAUGGGGAGAUGAUUCUGAUUCUGAUGAUCAUAGGACUGGUUGAUUUGUGGGGGAGCAUUUGUCCUGGGGGAGCAGUUGCUGUUGUUGCUGAAGCUGCAUCUGUUCAGACGCCUGAGACCACAUCAGACGCCUGGGAUCACAUCAGACACUUGAAGUUGCUGACAUGGAGUCGUGAGAUGACGUGGCAAAGCUUAAGUGGAUGGAGUGACGUGCUAAGGAAGAUUUCUUGCUUGGCAGCAAAUAUAGAGACGAAUUGCGUGUGA